CUUGUUGUUGACUUUACGUUGUCCACUACCGAUUGGCACCGUAAUAUUUUUUUUUAAUUAAAAAAUAUGAUUUCUUUUGUGAGAUGGCUUGAAUGAUUUAUUAGAUAUUUUGGUGAUGAUAUGAAUUUGAAAUUGUUUAAGGUCAAUGAUAACUUCAUUCUUAAAUUAGUAUAAUAUACAAGUAUUAUAUGUUAUAUAUCAUGAAGGGUUCACCAACGGUUUUGUAACGUUUAACCAUUGAACCGUAAACCAAUAAUUUUUUUGGUUCAACCUCCGGUCCGGUUCCGAAAACAGAGGAUUUUUAUCGUAUACUUUUCCAUUUAAGGCUCAUUUUAACCAUAAACAAACAUUAUAACCUUAACUUAUCCCAUUCUGGUUGUCCAAAAUAGAACCGUUGUGAAACAAAAAUAAAAAAAAACAAAGAAAAUCAAAAGGGUUAAUCCAUUUCCAAGCAGUGGACGGAAUCCUUGAACGAAAAGCAAUCGGAAAGCCUGGCGAGCACGGAUUACCAAUUCCGAUCCGGACUCGGACAGUUAGAAACACGGAAACAGCCGCCUCUUCCCUCCAUUAUAUAUACAACAACAAUAUAGAAACUUCCUAAUUCCCACUUAGUUCACUCCAAAAUCUCACUCACUCUUCUCCACAUCAAUCGCCGGAGGCAAAAUUCGAGCCCUGGAGCGAUUUCGCCAAAAUGGGUUUCCACGUUCGCGAAGUCUGGAACCACAACCUCGCCGAAGAAAUCUCCGCCAUGGAAGAUUCCCUCCGCCACUACCCAAUCGUGUCGAUCGACUCCGAGUUCCCGGGCUGCCUCCGCCCGACGCCGCGACACGCCGGCGAGGAGGUCCGGUUCGCCGACAUGAAGUUUAACGUCGACAGCACGGAUUUGAUCCAGCUGGGCGUCACCCUCUCCGACGAGAAGGGCACCGUCGCCGGAAUCUGGCAGUUCAACCUGGAGUUCGACCUCGACAGAGACUUGCACGCCAAGGAAUCCAUCCUGUUUUUGAAAUCCCACGGCGUCGAUUUCGAGAAGCUGAGGAUCCACGGGAUCGAGCGGAUCCGGUUCGGGGCCGCGUUCGGUGGGCUGAUACGGAGGAGGAGCAGGCCGCUCACUUGGGUCACAUUUCACGGGCUUUACGACCUGGCCUACAUUGUGAAGGUCGUGGGCCGAAGGCCCAUUCCGGACACCGCCGCGGAGUUUGGGAACGUGAUGGGGAAAGGGUUUGACGCGGUGGUGGAUGUGAAGUAUGUUGCGAGGUAUUUGGAAGGCGGCGCCGCCGCCGGCGGCGGGGAGGUCGGGCUGCAGAGGCUCGCCGACGAUCUGGGAGUGAAGCGGCGCGGGGAGGCGCACACCGCCGGUUCGGAUAGUCUGUUGACGGCGCUCGUUUACUCGAAGCUGAAGAAGAAGGUGAAGCACGUCGUCGGUCAGGAUUCUUUUGUUGACUUCGUCUACGGUAUUAGCGGCAGAAUCUCGAGGCAGAGUGUUGCGGUCGGAAAUACGCCGCCGAUGGUGAUUCCGUUUCGUAAUUGCCGUCUUCCGGUGUAUCGUAUUGCGGUGCCGGUGCCGGUGCCCGUGCCGGUGGUAUAUCGGAGCUGCCGUCCCCAGUUUCCAAUUCAUUAUCAGCACCGCCGUAAUGUGCCGCCGCGGCUUUCUGCAGAAAUGGGUUAUCUUGCUGCUGUUUGAGCAAGUUGGCGGAGAUCGGGGAUUUACUGAUUUAAGUCGCGUUUCAAUCCAGAAAGAUGGAUGAAAGCCGAUUUUGUAAUUGCUUCACUUAUUGCGGAAUGAGUAAUUGUUGCUAAUUUUUCAAGUUCACUGUAAAGAAUCAAUGAGAAGUAGUAGU